AGAAAGAGAAAUGAAUUGUGAACGGCGACGACCAAAACACCGCAAGAUCUAAUCUGCACAGUGAAAAAGAGCGCCUAAUUGCUCCUCUUCAUCUCCAAGAUCUCCUCUUUCUUACCAUUCCAUCACCUAAUCACAACCUCUUCACUCUCCCGAUCCGUUCGAGCUCUUCGUGAUCAGAGAUUCUGCAGAUUUCUUCUUCUCGGACCCAAUUCGAGUGCUUUCAUCUUCGAUCUUAGCCCCUUUGAGUUCUUGAUUCGCAUACUGGAAGCCUCGUGUCUCGUCAGAUCUUCAUGUUUCCGGGUUCUCCUUCUCGCAAUGUUUGCUGCUGGGCGUGCGGAUUUUAGCUUAGAUGUUAGGUUAGUUCGGGUCUGAGUGUGUGAUUCUUUUUGGGGUUGAUUGAUGCUGAGGGUUUUGAAUGGGGGAAUCCUCUGGUCUGAGCUGUGAGGAUAGAGUUGUUUGCUACUGAGUCUGUAUUGGUGAGUGAUUGUUGGUUUUCUGGGGGGCGAACAUGUUCUGGAGAGAACGCGAGAGGGAGCCCAAGGACCAGAACGGCGGACCGCCCUGUGGGCAGGUUCGGGUACUUGUCGUUGGUGAUUCGGGUGUUGGCAAAACUUCUUUGGUCCAUCUGAUUGUUAAUGGUUCUGCUAUCUCUCGCCCUUCUCAGACAAUUGGCUGUACAGUUGGGGUAAAGCAUAUAACUUAUGGAAAUUCUGGAAGCUCUUCAAGUAGCAUUACUGGGGAUGCUGAACGAGAUUUUUUUGUUGAACUUUGGGAUGUGUCGGGGCAUGACCGUUACAAAGACUGCCGUUCUCUCUUCUAUUCACAGAUUAAUGGAGUUAUUUUCGUUUAUGAUCUCUCCCAGAGAAGGACGAAGACUAGUUUGCAGAAAUGGGCCACUGAGGUUGCUGCUACCGGAACUUUCUCUGCCCCUCUAGAAUCAGGUGGGCCUGGUGGCCUACCUGUCCCUUACAUUGUCAUAAGUAACAAGGCUGAUAUUGCUAAAAAAGAGGGAAUGAGAGUAAGCAGUGGCAAUCUUGUUGAUGUAGCUCGUCAAUGGGUAGAGAAACAGGGCUUGCUUCCUUCAAGUGAGGAGCUUCCACUCACUGAGAGUUUCCCCUCUAGUGGGAGCCUGCCCGCGGCUGCCAAAGAAGCGAGGUACGACAAGGAAGCUAUCAUAAAGUUUUUUCAUAUGUUAAUCAGGAGAAGGUAUUUCUCAGAUGAUUUGCCUUCACCAAGCCCGUGGUCUGUGUCUCCGGUGCCAAAACCUGCGCAUCGUCUAGACGAUAAUCUCGGUGAUGAGGACCCAUUCUACAGGGGCACAAGCUUGAGCAGUGAUCACUACAAGUACAACACGCUUCCUCCUCUCCCGGCACAGAGGAAUCUCACGCCACCUCCCACUUUAUAUCCCCAGCAGCCUGUGACUGUUCUUGAGAACCACAGCUUCCCAAGAUUCUCCUCCUAUGGCAGUUCCCCGGAAAUCAGCAGCAUCUCUCGAUCGAAGCGCUCGGACAUUAAUGUCUAAGAGGAUUUCAUCUCCACCCUCUGGGUUCCAGCUCAAUAGAUAUGAGAGACACAAUACCGGGAUGAAUCUUUUAUUCAAUUUUGUUUCCCCCUUUUUUUUCUGGGUUCAUUUUACUACAAAACUCAGUCAAUCUGUCGAUAGUCGAUUCUUUUCCUCGCGAAGUAUGGGGUUUCGUGUGCACAAGUUCAAUGGGGAUGUAUCAUAAACAGGUUGCUAUCACCAUGAAGUAUAAAGAGUAUUUUUUGCGUAAAA